GAUCUCAAGCUAAACUCGUCUGUGCGCGCGGCCUCGCGUUACCAUGUCACCAGGCUAGCAGGUCGCGUAAACAAACGGACGGGAAACGCCUCGCCAAUCCUUCAGUAUCUCUCUCUGUUACUCCAUUAUAAUAAAAUUGACUUAAAAAACAUAUCAACUCCAAAACCAAAUCUUAACUAGGUUGACGGAAGUCUUUCUAAAUUCAUCCGUGAUGGACGCUGACGGCGAGGAGAUAAAGCAGCAGCUCAGGCUUCAGUUCCAGGCUCUCCAGGAGCAGCAGGAGCACAGGAGACAGCAGAUGAAGAAGAGCAGAUCCAGGGCUCCUCCUCUUCCUCACAGCGGCCUGGACCUCAUCAGCCUCUCCACACAGCAGGAGGAGGAAGAGGAGGAGGAGGAGCGGUUCCAGGCCAGGGUGAUCCAGGAGGAAAACCAGCAGCUGCAUGAUCGGCUGAGGGAGCUGAGAGACGAGAACGGCCGGCUCCACAAACUGCUGAGCGAGAAAGACUUCGAGCUCAAACACCUGAGGAAGAGGAGCGAGGAGGAGCGGCUGGCUCUAGCGGGAACUGCUGGUUUGGCAGGAGAUGCAGCGGCAUCCAAAAUCGUGGAAGUGUCGAAAAAGAACCGAGAAUUAGCAGCAGAAAUAGAGCGAGAGAAAACCAAAACCAAACAAGCAAACAACCGCGUCAAACAGCUGGAGAAAGAGCUUCAGGCCACACUGUUACUCAAUCCUGCAAAGACGGCCAGCACUUCAAGGGCGGUGAACGACUAUCUGGAGAACAGCCCGCUAGUGAAAUCCCUUCAGGAGAAACUCUCUGCGGCACAACUCAAGAUGGCUGAAUACCGCAACCAGAUCCAGACCUGCAAGCAGGAGCUGAGAAUGGCCCACAAGGUGUUGAGCUGUGAGGUGGGAGAGGACGUCAGUAUCCAGCAGGUCCUGUGUAACCCAGGAGGAUGGAGAGGCCGAUCUCAGCAGAUCCUCGUCCUGCAGAACAGAGUGCGAGACCUGGAGCAUCAUCUGAGCCAGCCAGGCCUCGAGGAGGAGACGAGGAGGAAGACACACGACAGGAACAUCAGCCGCAUCCGGCUCAUGGAGCGGGAGAAGAAGGAGGCGCUGGAGAAGCUCACUGUGGACUAUGAGGUCCUGCUGGAAGAGAGCUCGGAUGUGAAGAAGAAACUGGAGGGCUCCAGAGCCAGGAACAAAGUGUUGAGCACCGAGGUCAAAGCCCUGAAGAGCCAGAUCAGCACUCUGCUGGACAAGGGCAGACACGACGACGAGCUGGUCCACGCAUUACUGAAGCAGCAGUCGCAGUGGCAGGCCAUGUUCGGGCACCUCAGCCAGAGGGGCCACCAGCGCGAGGAGGCCCAGCAGAGCCUGGAGGUGCAGCUGCACAAUGAGGCCCAGCAACACGCCUCCCUCAUCCAGCAGCUCAAACUCAUGGUGUCGGAGAAGGAGAACAAGGUCAAAGAGCUGGAGCAGGAGAUCCAGAAGCAGUGGGAGAGUAAAGGCCAAGCUAACAUCAGGCCUCUGACAUCACAACAGGAGAACAGCGGCGAGUCCAGCUCUGACCGUCCCAGCGGGCAGCUGACGCUCUCUCAAAGUUAUGAACAUCCUAAUUUAGCUCCGAUUAGACUCACGUUUUAUUUGGAUAGCUACCAGUUAUUACAGUGGUGUCAGAAGUGGGAUUUUAAAAGUCGUUUAAAAGACGGCGUUAUGGAGCAAAGCAUAGGCGAAUUAGAGCGUGCCAUCCAUGAGAACAGCAUCAUGCUAGAGCGUCUGACGAGCAAGACGCCGAGGAGGAGCAGGGCUCCGCACCAGCCUGACGGCGCCAGCAUUCACCGAGCCAUGUACCACUCUCCUGGUCCCCGACAGAACGAACUUCCAGUCGUCUCACCGACACUCCAAAUUAGUGGCCAGCCCGGCGCCCUCACACGUUCGCCCGCUAAGCUACCACGAUAUAGCGGGUUGACACCCCUGGAACCCUACCUGGCACAAGUCGACCUGGCCGCCCUCCACGAUGGAUGGAGCUGUGAGGAGACGGCGAUUCAUUUGGCCCUCGCCUUGGAGGGUCCCGCACUCCAGGUCCUUAUCGAUCUGUCUCCUGAGGAGCGGCGUGAUCUCCAGGCCCUCACUGCUGCUCUCAACCGCCGCUUCGGGCAGAGAACCUCCGCUGAACAGAGCAGGGAGGAACUAGCUAACCGACGUCGAUGUGAAGGAGAGAGUGUGGGCGCUUUCGCAGCUGACAUCCGGGUUUACACCCGAAAGGGCUACCCUACCUUCCAGGCCGCAGCGAGGGAAGAGCUGAGCCUCCACGCUUUCCUGCGGGGUCUUACACCCGAGCGGCUCCGCCAACAUGUCCGCCUACUGUCACCCCGAAAUCUCAGUGAGGCGCUGAGAGAGGCUGAGAGAGCUGAGGAGGUGCUACAGGCUCGGCCGGCGACAGGUCGAUCUUCACUCCAGCAUCAUCUGACGAGAGCCGUCGAACGGGAGGUGGACGUGGCCUGAUCCGAGGAGGAGGUCAGCCGAGUUCAACCAGCGGAGACCCCACGACGGAGGACGAGGCUAGACCACUGCUACCGCUGUGGAGAACCGGGGCAUUUCG